AUGGCGACCUCGCAGGAGCUUCUCGCACAGAUCGCCGGUGCCAAGCAGACCUUAGAGGAGAGGAAGCAGGCCAACAGCCGGUUGAAGGAGGAGUCGAGCAGAGCGGAGGAGAGACAAAAGCUCCGUAGGCAGCUGGAGGAAGUGCAGAAGCACAUCUCCUACCAGGAGUCCAUCAACAACUGCGAGUGCAACUAUCGGCGCUUGGUCGAUGCGGAUGCGCUGGGGAACACCCCUUCCGAUGGUGUGAAGCCUCUAGAGGUCCCCCCACCACGCUUCAACCCUGGGAGCAACGGGGAGCUGGUCCACUGCAGCGAGGUCGUGGUCAAGGGUGACUACGAAUGGCGGAUUGAAGGCAUCUCCUGGCUUAUCAACGCUCUGGAGCAGAACGAGGCCAACUGUGCCGAGAGUUGCACCUUCAUCGUGGCCGGGGAGGAUUUCUCCUUGGUCUACCACCCGGAAGCGGGGGAGGUGGGCUACCUGGGCCAGUCCCAAAGAGGAUCCCUCUGCAUCGUGCACCACAACGGCGACGGCAUCACCUUCCGUUACAAGGCUCUGGUCAAGAACGCAGAGGGCCAAUGGGUGCAGUGGGGCCAAGAGGGAAACGAGUGCCACACCGGAGCGGACACCUCUGGACGAGCCUUCGGCCCGGACGUUUACUUUGCGGAGUCAGCAGAAAUCCCUCCACAUUCUAUGGGAAUCUUCGGCAUGAGCCACGAGGAGCUCCUGAAGUCGCCAUGGAUCGUGGAUGGCUCCCUGACAGUGAAGUUUGAGCUCGAAGUGCGUCCCAAUGUGGAGCUGGAUCCCAUGCCGCUGCGGAAGCCGGCUAUCGAAGUGCCGGCCCAGUCGCUGUCCAACGACCUGAUGAGCAUGUUCGAGGAGGGUCGAGGGACCGACAUCACCUUCCUGGUGCAGGGAGAGCGGAUUCCGGCUCAUUCGCAGAUUCUUUGUGCCAGAUCUCAAGUCCUCGAGCGGCAGUUGUACAGUGGAAUGAAGGAGUCCAUCUCCAAAGAGAUUCUUGUAGAAGAGACGCAGUCGGCUACGUUCAGAGCCAUGCUCAAGUUCCUGUACACAGACGACCUGGCCAUCAUCGAGGACCUGGCGAAGCAUGCACACGACAGCUCUGGAUCGUCUUGUCUCAAGUGGAAGAUGGCGACGCCCUUCCUCCAAAACCUGCUGAGCCUUAGCCACCUCUACCAGAUUAACCGGCUGCGUGUCUGGUGUGAGCAGAAGCUGUGCGACAACAUCUCUUCCAACGAGGUCUUCUCCAUUCUCUGUCAGGCACAUCUCUACGAGGCGAAGCAGCUCGAGAAAGCUUGCCUCAACUUCAUCAAGGACAACCUGCCCCAGGUUGUGGCAACGCCCGACUACGGCCGGGGGUGUAAGGAGUGGCCUGAGAUUGUGCUGAAAAUCAGCGCUUCGCUGGCUUGCCUGGACGAGCGCACUGCGCAACCAGCCUUCGAGGCGUUUCGAGGCCACAAUUUGCAGAAGGAGAUCUUGGACGGGAAGUUGGAGAAGGCGGAUAGACUCGAGAAGGAGGAGCCCAAGGAGAAAUCGGAGAAGCCAGAGAGGUCGGAGAAAGACAACCACAAGGACUACAAGGAGAAGGAGAAAGCGGUGGAGAAGGCCCUUCCAGCGAAGAGGCCUGCAGCAAUGCGCUUCAGGCUCUUAGCCUACCCUACAUCUCUGAGCCCUGAUUUGCUCUGUGCUCCAAAGCUUGUGGAGUACGAGCUGGGAGGUAUGCUAUCGGGCAAGAGCCAUGUCACGAAGUUCCAUUCAGUCCGGCCACCACAGUUGCCAAUCCGUGACUAUCUCUUCAGGAUUGCAAAGUACUUCCAGUGCAGCCGCGAAUGCUUUGUGCUGUGCUUGGUGUACAUUGACAGAAUUGUGAAGUUACACCCAGACUUCACGAUAUGCAGCCUGAACAUACACAGGUUGCUAGUGACCAGCGUGAUGCUGGCAGUGAAAUUCUUCGACGACGUUUAUUACAGCAAUGCCUACUAUGCCAAGGUUGGAGGCGUGAAGACCAGAGAAGUGAACAUCUUGGAGGGGCAGUUUCUCCAGCUUAUCGAGUGGAGGCUUCAUGUGACUCCCGAGGAGUUUGAUCAGUACAGGGCCCACGUCUGCAAUGCAUCAGGAACGCCUGCGGCAUCCAGGCCGCUCGAGAAUGAAAUUGUGGAGGAGGAACAGGAGGAUCGUGCGAUGGCUGUGUGCUAA